UUCAUCUCCCUUGCGCUCAAUUUGCUCCCUCUUGCAACUGCCUUCUUUCUCUCUCUUUUCGCUGGCACACUAAUUUUCUCUCUUUGUCGACAAGAUCGCCGGCGAUUUUCCGACGUAAAAAAAUGGCCUCUGUUAACCGUUGGGUGCGGCCUGAGGUAUAUCCUCUGUUUGCGGCCGUUGGAGUUGCUGUUGGUAUCUGCGGUGUUCAGCUUGUUCGUAAUAUUUGCAUUAAUCCUGAAGUCAGGGUUAGUAAGGAGAACAGGGCAGCUGGAGUUCUUGAAAACUUUUCAGAGGGAGAGAAGUACGCUGAGCAUUUUCUGAGGAAAUAUGUCCGCAAUAAAACUCCAGAGAUUAUGCCUUCUAUCAACAGCUUUUUCGCUGAUUCAACUCGCAAUUGAAAGGCUCUACUUAAACUUGAUUUUAAAAAGAUUAGCUUCAGUUUUUCAAAAUUACGUUGCAAUUUGUGAUCGUAAUUUACACAUUAUUGUUUUGGUAAAGAGCUUGUGUUUAUCUCCAUUUGAUGUAUUUGUUUGAUUAUACACUCACAGCCUGCUGAUUUUGUUUCUUGGAGUGGUCAGCCUGUUGAAUUAUAAGAAAGGUUCAUGUAGCUUGCUAUUUGAAGCUUGAAACA